CAGGUUACUUUAUGGCUGAAGAAAAUAUAUGGUAAUCAGCCUGUUCCAGAGUAUGAAGUGAAUGCAAAUACUGUUGAUAUCUUGUAUGAGCUUGCAGAAUGCAACGAAGCCAGAGACAGGGAUGUUUCUUUGCUGAUAGAGGACAUGGAGCAGAAGGCAACAGAAUAUAAAGCAGAAGCUAACUAUCUAAAGGACCUUCUGGCAGAAAGCCUGGGUCUUUCCCUGUCCAGUCUGUCCAGCGAAGGCACCAGCUACCUUGAUGUCCUAGCAGACAGCGCAGUGAUACUUGAAACAAAGGACACUUCUCUUGCCAGCCUAUUCUGUGCCAUCAAUGAUAUGACUUCAGAGCUGUAUGCAACAGAAUCAAAGAAUAGAGAAAUUACACUGGAAUUGAGCAACAUUUGUCAAAACCUGUCUGCAAAGCUGAUGUGGGAAAAGCAGUUAAUGGAGGAUCUUAAAAAAGUAGAGGAACUAAACGAAAUAGAAAAGGCCACAGAUGAAAGCAAAUCCCAGAACUUGAAGUUCCUGAAAAGCAAAACUGAUGAUUUACAAACCAGGAUAAAGGCUGCUGAGGAGCAGCUUGUUGCCAGGGAGUUCGACCCAUCACUGACACACAAGUCACUCGUGAACCUGUCUGAGAAACUGGCUGCACUGAAGGAAGAAAUUGUGUCUUUGAAGAAGGAAAUAGGUGUCUUCCUAGACUUAACUCCUAAUCCUUCCCUUGCACAACUGAAGAUUGAAGAAGCAAAACAAGAACUGGAGGCCUUGGAGUCAGAGCUCUCAAAGGAGGUUGACAUGCUGACUCUUGAGAUACCAGAGCCCAGCAAACUCCAGUUCAAGUGA